CUGGUGUGCGACUUUAUGGUUGGAAAUAGUAAGGGGAAAAGAAGUACCUGCUUUUGGAAAAGACCGGGAACACAAACUUAUCAAUACAAAGAGGGCGAGAAAGAUUGUUAAUAAUGCUAAUGGUGUCAAUAACACUAAUGGUGUUAAUAAUACUAAUGCCAAUGGUGUUAGCCAUGCUAGUCUGGGUGGAGAGAAUUAG